GGGGGCCGGCAGCCGGCGGGGCCGCCCCGUGCGCGGGGCCAGGCGGCAGCGGGCAGCCGAGCGGCCGUGCCAUGCACUCCCUCGCCCAGGAGAUCAGGAGUUUCUCCAGGGCCAACCUGCGGAAGCAGCGCACGCGGGUGACGACGCUGACGGGCCGGAGGGUCAUCGAGACGUGGCGGGGCGCCUGCCUGCAGGUGGAGGAGGAGGCGGAAGCGGUACCCGGCGGCGGCUUCGUGCAGGACCUGAGCUGCGACCUGCAGGUCGGCGCCGCGCGGCCCUGGCUGCUGUUGGGGUCGCAGGAUGCCGCUCACGAUCUGGAGACCCUCAGGAAGCAUAAGGUUACACAUAUUUUAAAUGUGGCCUAUGGAGUCCAAAAUGCCUUCCUUAAUGACUUUGUAUACAAGACCAUAUCUAUUUUGGACCUCCCAGAAACUGAUAUCACCUCCUAUUUCCCAGAAUGUUUUGAGUUUAUUGAGAAAGCCAAGAUCCAGGAUGGUGUGGUCCUGGUCCACUGCAACGCAGGAGUCUCCCGUGCAGCAGCAAUAGUCAUCGGUUUUCUGAUGAAUUCAGAAGGACUGAGUUUUGCUUCAGCCUUUUCCUUGGUAAAAAGUGCAAGGCCUUCUAUUUGUCCCAAUCCUGGCUUCAUGGAGCAGCUCCACAAGUACCAAGAGCAGAAUAUAAAGGCAAAUGGAAGCUUAAGUGAUCACGACUGAUGAAAAGGGAGAAGUGAAACAAUCUGUUCUGACUAUACGGUACCAGAUGUUGGAUGUACUUUAAGCUCUCGUUUUGCAGCUCUCUUUCACAGGUGCACUUUAAAAUCUUUCUCUACAUUUUGUUUUUUCUUAUGUUCACUCCCAUUUUUCAGCAUCUGGUGUUGAGGCCAAAUGGUGCUCCACUGACUUCACUGAUGUUUUACCCAAGAGAAAGUUCUUCCUAGAGCAAUGAAAGAAGGUCAAGCUUUUCUUGCAGAAACAGAACAAUUUUUUUACUGAACCAUCAGAGAAAGCAGGCAAUGCAGAGAGGAAAUUAGAAGGUAACUGGGAUUAUAAAGUCGCCCUGUUUAUUUUCAUGCUAAACCAAAUCUUUACACGUUCUAGCUGGAUGUAACACCUAGAUAAGAUGUUAAUAUAAGAAAAUACCUUGCUAUUGGGUCUUAAAUCAAUCGUAAAACUAAGGAGGAUUUUAUUGAAUUUUCUGGGCUGGCCAACCACUAAAUAUAUAUAAAAAGAUAGAGUGGAUAGUCCAUUGAUGGAAGUAACAAGGUGUAGGGUGCUUUAAUGCCUCACUUCUUUCUCCUGUUUCCCAUCAGGCAGCAACUGGAAGUACACUAACAUGAUGUUUUCCAAGUGCUAGGAAACAAGCUGGCAGGGUUUUGUUGCUGAUGGGUUUUUUAGACGAUUGCAGAGCAGAGAGGUUGUUACAAACAUUUUUCUUCUCUCAGGCUCUUUGGGUUCAGUCCCCUCGCCCAGUGCCCCCUCACUCCAUUCCACAGAGUGAACACACAUCGUAGGAUAGGUACCCGGUUUCUUUUUCCCAUCCCUCUACUGACAGAUCUCAGAUUAAGUGUUGUAAGAUGGCACGUUUAGAAAAACAAAUACAGGAUCUGUGACAAAGAUUUUGUCGACAGCAGUAUUUUGGUGGCCUUCGUGCCCCUUCUAAAUGGUUGGAUACGUUAACUUACAGUACAACAAAAUAAACGCUGUGUGUGGAUAACUGUGGAUUUAAGUGAAAAAUAUGUGAAAUCUG